CGCGGGUGGUACGUUUUCCAAGAUGGCUGGUGUAGGUCCUAUUGUUAGGUGGAAAAAAGUUUCAGCGGCGACUGGAAAUGUCCCUCGAUCAAGACACGGACAUAAAGCUGUUGCUAUAAAGGACUUAAUCGUAGUUUUUGGUGGUGGAAAUGAAGGAAUAGUGGAUGAACUUCACGUGUUCAAUACCACAACUUGCCAAUGGUUUUUACCCGCUGUACACGGAGACAUUCCACCAGGAUGUGCAGCUUUCGGAAUGCUGGCAGAAAACACUCGUGUGCUCAUGUUUGGUGGCAUGCUUGAAUAUGGAAAAUAUUCUGGCGACUUAUACGAACUACAAGCUUCACGAUGGGAGUGGAAGCGUCUGAAACCAAAACCUGCUAGAAAUGGCCCCUGUCCAUGCCCAAGGAUAGG